AUGUGGACACUACUGUAUGGGAGUGAGCAUGCACAGUUUGUUGUACAUCUGUGUGAUCCAACCACGGCUGGCUCAUGUGGAGCCGAAGGCGUUUGUAUGAAACGACCAACUGGAAAUCGCUGCAAAUGUCCAAAGGGAUACAUGGGAGUUGAGUGCAAAAGACCAUGUCAAGACGUGUAUUUGUCUUGUACAAGAUGGAAAGACGAAGGUCGCUGUGAUUGGGCUAGACCGAUAUUGCCGUUUUUUGAGGACAAUUGUGCCGAGACAUGUGGACGUUGUCAUAAUACGGGCAAAAAGCUGGCCAUAGCUUUACCACCAAUUUUGGAACCAAUUUCGUGGAUCAUUGGAAAGUGGCAAACUGCAACCACAGCACGCGAUCAUUUUCCAGUGGCCAUGUCUGGCCCGUACAGUGAAAUUCUGGACAUAUCAAUUUCAGAAGUGCCCAUGUUCGAUAGGCCACCGGUUAAUGUCUCGGUGACUGCAUUCACGAAGGACGGCGAUGUGAGCCGUGAGCUUGGAUUCAUGACCGGUAAACCGUUCCUGGAGGAUACUGGCUUCAUUGAGUUUGAUAAGCCCAAAAACGGAACCGAUCAGGUGGCCAUCGAAAUGGUCAGCAAUACAGGUCUCAUAACAAUCGAAGAAGGUGUACUGCACGGGCGUGAGAUUGUGCUCGAACUAAAAUAUAUCAAGUCAAUAUUCGGGCCAUUGCAUCACUCGAUGAUCACUUCGUCAAAGCGAAGUUUCAAGCUGUUGAAUAAGAACAGUUUGCUGGAACGAGCAAUCGUCCAAUAUGCAUCGGGACGUACCAGCAAAUGGAGUAAACGAUAUGUGAAAACUAUCGACUAUUUAGCGCAAUUUUAG